AAGUUUUCUCAACUUUAACAAGAUUUGAUAAUUUUCUUGUUAAAUACAUUACAGUUUGAUGACAUUAUGAUCAUAGUCUUCUUCAAGUUGGAAUUGCGGACGGAUUAAAAAAAAUAAUUAAUUAAUUUGUUAUUAAUUAAAUUAAUAAAUAAAUUAUUGCCACCGUUCCUUAUCUCGCCAUGCACUCAACGUUGGAAUGUUACCAGCUCUAGAAACAAAUUACGGGACGCAGUAUUUACAGCCAGCUUUUAAAUGCAAGACUUUCAGAUGGAUUAUCAUGGACGGUACUUGGUUGUGCUAGAACUUCUUGCCUGUCUUCUGCUGUCUUCGCUGAUACUGCCAGCAAAUGGAGAAACUGCGUCAGUUGAGACCAUCGACAUGGCAGAAGACCUGGCAGAAGAUCUUGCCCAUCCUUGUCACCGGAACUGCAGCGACCAACCGCACGCCAUGGUCUGCAACUAUCAUUUCAAGGCGGAGUGGUACACGACCCUAAGCAAGGCUUGCUACGACUGUCCCGACCCUGCCUCCGACUGCCGGCGGGCCCACUGCGUUGCUGCUGACGGGGUCAAGAGGCCCAUCGUGACCGUCAACAGGAGGAUGCCAGGGCCCUCCAUCCAGGUAUGCCGGGGUGACGAGAUCGUCGUGGACCUGAAGAACGACCUCAUGUCUGACACGACCUCCAUACACUGGCACGGCCUACACAUGCUGGGCACCCCCUACAUGGAUGGCGUGCCCCAGCUCACGCAGUGCCCCGUCGGCCCCGCUACAGUUUUCAGGUAUCACUUCCUGGCCGACAAGGCAGGCACGCAUUACUGGCACUCUCAUUCCGGUUUUCAAAGGGCGGACGGAAUGUUUGGUGCAAUCGUGAUCCGCACCCCCGACGACCUCCUCGCCUCCUACUACGACAUCGACGAUCCAUCACACAUCUUUGUCAUCACAGACUGGCUCGAGGACCUCACCAUGCAGAAAUUUGUCUACCAUCAUCACAGUGUGCACGACAACAAACCCUACAACAUCCUGGUGAACGGUCGGGGGUACGUCGCCCCCCACAUCGUGGGUGACGGGGGGCAUCCUCCCCUCUCCUCCGUCACCGUCUCGCCGGGCCAGCGCCACCGCAUGCGCACGCUCAGCAACAGCAUCCAGAACUGUCCUAUUGAGGUGUCCGUAGACGGGCAUCAAUUGCUGCUUGUCUCCAAAGACGGGUCACCCGUCCAGCCCGUCCUAGGUGGGUCACCCGUCCAGCCCGUCCUAGUUUCAUCGUUCGUGAUCUACGGAGGCGAGCGCUGGGACUUUGUUCUACACGCAAAUAAUUCCGUGGGCAAUUACUGGAUCAAAUUCCACGGCCUCCUGGACUGCGACGACAGGUUCAAGUCUGCUCAUCAGGUCGCGGUCAUACGUUACGAGGGUGCACCCAAUGAGCUGCCCUCUGACGUCACCAACGUCACGUGGGCACAAACUAAACGCGAGGGAUUUCAAGUGAACACGCUGAACAAAGCCCCCGGUGACGGUACAUUCCUCACGGCGGCCGACAUCCACUCGCCGCCGACGAACUUAUCCUACGAAGGAACACCCGACCACGUGUUUUGGCUGGACUUCGACUUCCAUCCCAGCGAUAACGACUUCUUCCACCACGAGGACCACUACCCUUUCUAUAAAGUUAAAGGUUUAUAUGGUACCAGAAGUUCUCAAAUGAACUACAUCAGCCUGCUGCUGCCCCCGGCGCCCCCCCUAUCACAGCCCGGGGACGUGCCCCCCCAGAGCUACUGCAGCGCUGAGCGCCCCCCCGCCACCAAACACAACAACUGCACCCAGGACUUCUGCGGGUGCCUGCACACUCUCACCGUGCGCAAGAACAGUCUCGUCGAAAUGGUCCUCAUCGAUAAAGGUCUGACGUACUACGCUAAUCAUCCGUUCCACCUUCACGGCCACGAGUUUGCGGUCAUCGGGAUGGGCAAGCUGGGCUCGAACACAACACGUCAGGCCGUGCUAGAGCUGGAGAAGAAGCAGCAGCUGAUGCGUAACUUUAAUCGUCCUCCUAUCAUGGAUACAGUGACUGUGCCUGAUGGUGGCUACACUGUCAUCCGCUUCUGGGCCACCAACCCUGGUUACUGGCUGUUCCACUGCCACAUCGCCUUCCAUGUGGAGGUUGGGAUGGGGUUGGUUGUCAAGGUGGGGGAUGAGUCCAUGUUUCCCCCAGUCCCCGAUCACUUCCCCCGAUGCGGGAACUUUGAUCCACCUCGAAAAACCAACUUAAAGAACUCGAUCAGUUCGUGGCUGGCACACCAAGGCGAAGAAAAACAACUCAUCACUUUCCACCUGUUGCCUUCAGUUAACGAAUCUGAAAUAUCUUCUAAUUUAGGUCCUGCUUAUGAAUAUGCGGGGCGCUCUGCAGGUUCAGCUUUGCGCUUCAGUGUCAGAAAUAUUCUGAUGACAUUCAUGACCUUAGUGAUGUUGUUUUCAUUAAACCAAAACUGAUUGUUCUCAGAAAUGUAAUGUAUCCCUAUAUAAUAAAAUGACACAUUUAUUCGAAUUAAACCGUAUCAUUAGGUUUUUACUUAUGUAUAUAGCCGCAUAUUACAAGCGAUGCAUUUAUUAUAGUUGAAUCGCUUGCUAGUUUCACUCGAUUUUAACUUAUUUAAUCACAUAACCUAUCUGAAAAUUGAAUUGAUUCAUUGAUAUCUCAUUUGUUGUUGAAUAGAACAGUUGAUUAGUGGCUAUUGAUUAGAAUUAUCAAUUCUCAUUUAGGAGUUGUAGGCUUAUGAAUAGGUCCACAUUUGAGUGAAUUGAAUAUGAAUGAAUAUGAAUCCCGAUACGUAUUCAAACAUUAUUCUUCUCAGUGAAUUUGUCAUCACUCAUUAUUCUUGUCAGUGAAUUCGACUGCACUCAUCAUACAUGUAAGUGGAGAGCAAUCACUUUCUAAUAUAAGUCGCAAAGUUUCCAUCCCAUUGAAUGUAGCCUUGAUGCAGUCGCUGCUGCUUGUAAAUUUCUCAGUGACAUCGUAACAAAUGGUUGACAAUUUUAUUGAGUUUCCCCUUUGUUCGACCAACAAGUUUGGUUUCAUCUAAAAUAUUUUUGCGAACCAGUAGCGUUAAUUACACUAUUUCAAACGUGGUAAUGUGACUGUUUAACAUUCAUUUAACGUGGUAAUGUGACAGCUUAACGUGUUUUUGACGCUGUGCGCUAAAAAAGUUAGUUGCUUUUUAAUGAACAAAUGAACAAGAAAAGCCACUGCGUAUAUAAUGGCUGAUACUUGAUGCGUCACUGGCCAGUUUCAACACAUUACAAUGUAUACCAGAGACCAGCUUCGUCCAGUUUCAUGGCUUAAUAAAACUGGUCUGAACGUUUUUAAAUAAAAUUUGUCGGAUUUCUCCGGCGCUUUCUUGGCUUCAAAUUUAUUGUCAAUUUACGACUAAAAAAUCAGACGAUUUUAAUGAAUUUAAAUAUGUUUAGGGAAGAAAAUGUUGCUGCUCAUUGCUGUCACCAACUGAUUCUGUCAUCAAUUUUGUUUCUGUAUAGAGAGUUGGCAAUUUAUUUAGCGGUGGCCAAUCUAUGCAAAGAUUUUUUUUGGAUGAGCGAAGAAUUUGGAUGAGCGACUCGUGAUGGAAUUCUAGAAACGAGUAAAUUUGAAUUUGUUAAUUUUUUAACUCUGUGUGCUUGGUGAUCGGCUUUUGAGUUCUUCUUAUUCCCUGUAUUUUAACGUCUUGAGAUUCAUACAAACCUUUUUCUAAUUUAUCGUGGCAUCUCUACAAUUUUCUACAAAAUUCCGAUCAAAUUUGUUUUGUUGUAAAAAGCUUUCUUGUACCUGUUUAUUGGUUCCAUGAGUUUUUCAGUAUUGCAAUAUUAUUAGUAUUUUAAUUUAAUAAUCUCAUAGUCCAUAAAUAGUUUCUAAAAUGUUUUUGUAUGUACAUAAAUCAUAUAGAUUUUAUAAGCUAGUGCAGAAGGUACUCUUAACCUUGGGUGCGACGAAUAAAUUUUCGAAUAGAUCUGUUACGACGAUAACAGAUCUGUUUGAAUAGAUCGGUUACGAUAAUUACCUGCUACAACAGAUCUAUUCGAACAUUUUGUUGGACAAAAUUGGGCCAUAAUGCAUAAUGUUGGAAAUUUUUAUUGUGUAACCAAUAAAAAUGUAAACAUUACUAUAA